AUGGUUUAGUAGUCAACCCUGCAAAAACGUCAUCUUGUCUCUAUACCAGGAAACAGGCAAUGAGCCAGAGGAAAGGCAGAGGAUAGACAUGAAUAUGCUCCAAAGCUUCUCCCGGGAUCUGUGGUUUUUUCUAGACUCUUGUUCAAGGGGAAUUACUAGCAGAGAAUAUCCAAGAAGAAGACGUCUGAGAUCAGAUCAUGAGCAAGGAUUACUAGAUGGGAAGAUCAAGAAAAUUCUAUAGGCAUAGUAUACCUGGACUUCAACAUGGCAUUUGAAGAAGUUUUUCAUGACAUCUUUGAGAACAAGAUGAAAAAAUGUGGGAUAAAUUACCAUAUUUUCUGGUGGAUUUGGAAUUGGUUCAAUGACUGGACUCAAAGAAUGAGUUGAGGGAGAAAGAAUGGACAUGGGUCUUGGUCAUGCAAUGGAUGACAACAAACUUCCUCUGGUUAUCCCAACAGCACUGGGGCCACUUCAGAACCACAGCCACCCUAAGACAUCUAUGCCUCUGAUAGGUCGUGACAUGACAGAAUUGUACAAGGAGCACAAACUGGAAAGAAAUGGCACCACCUUAGCCUAUGAGCCGCUGCCAGGAGAAAUCGCCGCUGUCAGUGUGAUUUUUGGGAUUCUGUGGUUGUUUUCUGUCUUUGGAAAUGCCCUGGUUUGUUUGGUCAUCCAUAGGAGCAGGAGGACUCAGUCCACCACCAACUAUUUUGUGGUUUCAUUAGCAUGUGCUGAUCUCCUCAUCAGUGUGGCCAGUGCUCCUUUUGUCCUGCUGCAGUUUACAUCUGGUAGGUGGACCAUGGGUAACGUCAUGUGUAAACUAGUAAGAUACUUCCAACACCUCACACCAGGGGUGCAGAUCUAUGUCCUCCUUUCCAUCUGUAUAGACAGGUUCUAUACUAUAGUCUAUCCUCUGAGCUUCAAGGUGUCCAGGGAAAAAGCCAAGAAAAUGAUUGCAGCAUCUUGGAUCUUUGAUGCAGCCUUUAUGUCCCCUAUAUUCUUUUUCUACGGCUCCAGUUGGGAUCAUCAUUGUAAUUUUUUCCUCCCUUAUUCUUGGGAUGGGACCGUCUACAGUAUUAUUCACUUUCUGGUGGGUUUUGUGAUUCCAUCCUUCUUCAUCAUCGUUUUCUAUCAGAAAGUCAUUAAAUAUAUUUGGAGGAUAGGCAUCGAUAGUCGAACAGUGAAGAGGACGAUGAACAUCGUUCCAAGGACAAAAGUGAAAACUAUAAAAAUGUUCCUGAUGUUGAAUCUAAUAUUUUUGCUCUCUUGGCUUCCUUUUCAUGUGGUCCAGUUAUGGCACCCCCAUGAAAGAGACUAUAGGAAAAGUUCCUUGGUUUUCACAGUGAUCACUUGGAUAUCAUUCAGCUCUUCAGCUUCCAAGCCUACCUUAUAUUCCAUUUAUAAUGCCAACUUCAGGAGAGGUAUGAAGGAAACUUUUUGUAUGUCCUCAAUGAAAUGCUACCGAAGCAAUGCCUAUACGAUCACAACCAGUUCCAGGGUGGCCAAAAAAAAUUAUGUUGGCAUUUCAGAUCUCCCUGUCACGGCCAAAACUGUAACCAAAGACUCAAUAUAUGACACAUUUGACAGGGAAGCCAAGGGGAAAAAACUUGCUUGGCCCAUUAAUUCAAAUCCACCAAAUACUUUUGUCUAAUUCCUUUCCAUUCUUUUGAUAACUAUUAUGCACCAAAUAGACUGAAAACCUUCAAAACUUCAGGAACGGAUGGAUAAUUACCUUUUUUUACCUACAAAUUCUAGGGAGAAAUGUUUUAUUUUGUUAAGAUGCAUUAAUUUAACUGUAAGAUAGUAUUUUUAAAUAAUUUUAGUUACUUCCUAGUUUUUUGAGAUUCAUUUACCUUACAAAUUUAUGUUGACUGUAUUUUAUGGAUAUGAAGUGAAUUGUAUUGCUCAGAUCCAUUAAUGGUUUGAAAAAACCAUAAACCUAGCCAAGGCCAUAUGGUACACAAAAAGAUACUUUUUAUAAGUGUUAUUUUUCUUUUCUAUAAAAGUCUUUUGCAAGUCUAGGGCUUCCGUCACAUGACUACCCCAGGUUAAUGUUUACUUGCCUUAUGAAACCAACAUUCUUCUAUACACUCCCAUUUGGAUCCACAAAGGAAGUUGUGGAUGAUUUUGGAGAACAGCAUGUGUCCUUAUGUCAGUGAUCAGUUUUGACUCUGGAUUCCUGAUCUACUUCUCACUUUCUAAUUCUUUUUUGAUCUAAGAUGAUUAGAUUGCCCCAACAACUUUAGCAAUCAAUUUAAUAAUUUCUCCCUGUUUGUUUCUAAUCUAGGUUGCAUUUGGAAUGUUCAUUUCCUUUCUCUGAUUUCAAUAUUAUUGCUGCAAAUUAGCAGGUGCAUGUGCUGCACCCAGAAAAUGCCAUGGGUGCAAGCAACAAAUGACUUCUCCUUUUAUUUGGUAGUUCAUAAUGAGAUUGUGUAUCCCCACCUCUCCUCACCAUCCCAAAUGCAGUCUUCCCCAGUCUCCCAAAAGGACCCAGAAUUGAAAGCAUCUUCGCAGCCACGCCCAUUUCCAUCCCAUCACUUUUCAUAUCCUCUUGUUCUAUGUUUUUCAGACCUAGGCUAUUGUGUGACUUCUGCAGAUCUGUAUUCUUAAUUCCCUAUAUCUGUUUUUAACUUUCUUCUCUCCCUAUCCAGUCAACUUUUUUCAGUUAAAAAUAGAGGGCUCAUAAUAAGUCUUUGCACAUUUAUCAAAUAUCCCCAUAUUUAGACUGUGGUUGUGCUUUCUAUAUUCCUUUCACCUUAGUUUCGGUUGUAAUUGAGCAGCAAUGGUGUCAGCAGGUACUAAGUAAAACCACACUCUCCACUACCACAGAGCUCUAUGGUGGGAGAAUAAUCCCAGUCACUUCCUUGGUCUUAACCCAUUACACAUGUGUGUAUGUACACACACACACACAUACACACAGAGCUUCCUAAAGAAGUACAUUUUGCCUCUUUUUAUUCCUAUUAAUAGGUAAUUGGGUUGGUGAAUGAACACUUUCAUUUUUAGCUCUAGAAAGUUGUUGCUCCCAUUAUCCCUAAAAUUUCCUCUCCUUAAAGUUAAGGCAGAACAGAAGAACAGGGAUCAAGGCAAAGAAGGGACCGGCAGUUUUAAAUAGAGGCAACAACAUUUUUUUCUGACACUUUUUGCAAGCUACAGCCUCCUGAACUACCCAGCAAAAUUGACCUUAUAAGCUCAAUCACUCGCCUCCAUUAACAAGUUCCUGACAAAGAUACUCUAUGUGUGCAUUCAUUCUUUUGCUCUCCAAACCCUUCUGAGUUUUUGUGGUCCGUUAUUUCAGACUCUUCUCAAACUAUUGCUUUUCUCAGUCCUAAAGCUGAAUGAAGCAGGCUGUGGGAUACAUUUGGAUGAAAAUCUGGACAAAUUCCCAAAACUUCAAAGACAACAUUCAAUUUCCCAUUUCCUAGCAACAACCAAGAGUUUAAAAUGUGAGCAGCUGGGAGGUGGGUGUUUUUUAAUUCAUCUUCAUUAGGUAGCUAAGAAAACUGCAUCCUGAUCCCCAGGAUUUCACCUACAUUUGACCUGUCAUAUCCAUACAUGCUAUCAUUCUGUCCUCCUCCACUUCAUAGUUAGGCUUCUGGAAAGAGUUAUCCAUCUAUAUUUAUUGUUUCCAUUCCCACACCUACCCACACAUCUCAGGCCUGGAGUCUCAGUGUCCCCUGCUAAAUCAAACAGCCCCCUCUCAGUCAUCAUUUUAUCUGACUUCACAACAGAGAAAUCUGUUGAACUGUCAGACUUCCCCACUUCCCCAAGUAAUUCCUCUCUUUGUUUUUGUACUUUUGAGAGGUAAUUGGGGUUAGUGACUUGCCCAGAGUCACACAGCUAGUAAGUGUUAAGUGUCUAAAGCUGGCUUUGCACUAUCCACUGUGCCAUAUAACAGUCCUUUCUUCCUCUUUUCAUAGUCUCUUGUUCCUUUCCUAAGCAAAUGUAAUUUUUGUUAUCUCCUUUAUGCCAAGGGCUCAGAUGUUAUUUCCAGCCCAAAUUUCCCACUGAUCUCUAGUCCCACUAGCUAACUAGCUAUUAGAUAUCUCCAUUUGGAUGUCCCGUCAGCAUCUUGACUAUAGCAUAUUCAAAACUAUCUUUCUCCACUUAAUCCAAUAUCCCUCUAAAUUCUCCUAAAAGAAUACCAUUAUCUUUCCAGUCACACAGAUUUAUAACUUUGGAGUCUUCCCUGAUUCCUUCUCCUCCUUAACUCCCCUACACCUCAUCAGUUGCCAAGUUAUUUUUCUUAUCCAUUAAUGAAGAUGAAUAAAAGAGGAAAUUUCUUGCAUCUUUUCCCUCCCUUCCAUUAAGACAACCCUCAUCAUCUUAGCACAGACUAUUACCACAGCUUCUGAAUUGGUCUCUCCACUUUACAAUCUACUACAAAUUGCCAAAUUAAUAUUCCAAGACAGAUCUGACCAUGUUGUUCCUUUGCUAAAGAACCUUCCAAAACUAACUUUGUUGUCUGAGAUAAGACAGAAAUUCCUGUUUGUCAUUUAAAGUCAUCCACAAUUUGACUUCCCCUUUCCAGAUUGAUUUCAUAGUACUCUCCUUUGUGCAUGCUACAUUCCAGAUCUCUGAUCUUCGUGCCUUUGUGCGGGCUUGUUCCCCAUGCCUGGAAUGUCUUUUUUCCUCCCCUCCACCUAGUAGAUUCCCUAGCUUCUUUCAAGGCUCAGCUCAGAUUGAGUUCCUGUGUUGAGGCUUACCUAAUCUCCCUUUCUCCCUCUUCUCAUGUUAGUGAGCUCUCCCGUCUCAAUUCUCCUUGCACUAAAUUUAUCCAUUUAUAUGUUGACUUCCCCAGUAGAAUGUAAGCUCCUUGAGGGCAGGAACUGUUUCAUUUUUAUUUUUGUAUCUCCAGUGCCUACCAAAGUGCCAUGCACGUAAUAGGCAUUUAAUAAAUGUUUGUUGAAUUGAAUUGAAUUGACUGUACAGAGUGAUAAAGAAUCUUCAAAACGGAUGACCUGAAUUAUAUUAGGAUAGAGUAACAAGUCAGUUGGAAGUAACAUUCUUGCCCAGCACAUUAGAUGUCCACAGAUGGCCUUGAGCAUCAUUUACCUUUUUUGUUCUUGUUAAAAAUAUGUAUAAAAUGGAUAAUUUGGACCAUAACAUUUCUAACAACCUUUCCCCCUUUAACAUGCUGUUGUUUUUAUGUUCCCCAUAUAGGGAGAAAGUCUCAGUUGAAAUGGUCUUUAAUUUUUCCCUUUCCCAGGAUCAUGCAUUAAGAGAAAUGACCUAUUUUUGAUUGCUAACGGUCCAACACUUCCAACACAGGUAUACAUUUUCUUAUGUGUCCACUGCUUAACUCAGGAUGACGUGAAAGGAAAAACAAUUACCUGUCCCAAAACCCUUUCUGAGAAAGAACAGAUCUAUAUGGGGACCAUUCCACAAAGACAUAACCAGUGGCUACACGUAUUUUGCAAUCACUCAAUUGACACGAGCAUCCUACCCUGCUACACCUUAGCAACACUUAGUUCUUCUGUAGGAAGCAACUUAGGUAAGAAAUUAUUCAUCAUUUUGAUGUGGUCUAAAAGAGACCCAGAUAAAUUGAAUUGGAAGGGACCAUUUAACAAAUUUUAACAGAUUCCCUCAUUCAUCAGAGGGAAUCUGAUUAAUAAUCUCUGAGAAAUAAAAGAAUUUACCUGAAUUUACACUAUGAAAGACAAAGUUGAGACUAGAACUUAAAUAUAGUUAUCCCUUCUAAUCACAGGGUUAGAUCUGGAAAAUCCAUAUAAAAUUUUUUACCUUCCCUUCAUAAUAAGGAAGUCUGGAUUUUUUUUCUUUUAUAGGUAUUUGUAAUAUCUUAUUAUAAAAUUUGAAUUAAGUACAGUAUUUUGUGUAUUUCUGAAUUCCUAAGCUUUUUCUGUGUCACAUGCUAGCCUUCACAUGCCUGUCAUCUGUCACUUCUGCAAAAAUCCCCCGAAAUUCCCAUUUAUAAUCAUUUAUUAUACCAACCUGUGAUACAUUGAAAUCAAGAUGUGGAAAAUCACAAUGCAGAAGGGAUAAUUGUUAUUUACACUAGACUGUGUCCCCAAAAUGGAGCCUUUUAGUCCUAUCCUGCCUUAUAGAAUUUUUUUUUCUUUUACUAAUUUUACUGGUUUCUGUUAAAGAUUGUUUAACUAUGUGACCCUGGGAACGUCUCACUUUGUCUCUCUGUACCUCAGUUUCUUCAUCAUGAAAUAAGCAUAAUAAUGACAUCUGUCUCUGAGGUAUUUGUGAGGAUUAAAUGAAAUAACAUUUGUAAAGCACUUAGCAGAUUUUAAGGUGCUAUGUAAUACUAUUAGCCAUGAUUAUUUACUUAAUUUGUUCUUUUUUAUUAGAAAACUAACAGUAUUAGAGAUUAGGUACUUUAGUCCAAUAGGACUAAAUCCUGUUAGUUCUAUGUAUUCAUAGAAGACUGGUCAAAAUCCAACCUUUUUCUACUGGAUUUGUGAAAUUGCCAAUUGUUUUACUGUGUCUAGCAGGUAGGUAUGGUCCAGCUAUACAUAACCCUUGGCACAUCAGUAGUGUCAAGGAAGUACCACAUUUAUCAGCAAUAACUAAGAGCUACUCUAACAUGCCUUUGUUAUCAACAAAUCACUGUAGAUAUAAUUAGUGAAUCAAUGGUCUAGAAAUAUAAACUAUCUCAACUUUGAGGGAAAUUCCAGAACAAUUUCUUCAGCAAACAUGAAAUGACUACUCAAAAUAUUGUGGUAAGCCAGCAUCAUUUUUUUUAAUCGCCAGGGCAGGUGGGGGAAUCCUAUUAGGUCUGCCAAAUUUACAAUGCUGCCAUGACUUCUUACCAUGUUUGUGCCUCUUUCACUCUCCUAGUCUCCCACUCAAAAGUGAGAUUAGGAACAGGAAAAUACACAACUAUCAAAGGUGCAACACAAUCAUGAACAAGGAACACUUUUUAACAUUACACCGUAUAAAUUCAUAGUGUGUAAUGCUAAGAAAAUAUUUUCUGUGUGACAUGCAGCUACUUAUUUUGUGGUUAAACAAAUCAAAUACAUAUCAAUGACUCAGAACCAAAAUUUUGGGGUUUACAGGAACUAGAUUCAUGUGGAGGAAGGGUCUGUUUCCCUGAGAAUAAUAGAAAUUGAUUCCUGUCUAGUCUUUCACAUUCCAAGGAUAAUCUCCCACACUAACACAUAGGCCAUCAAAACAAGAGUCUCCUCCAAUGAGUCCUAAGUGACUUCGCCAAGUAGUUUCUCAUUGCACUACUGGGCCACGUGGUUGCCUCGCAGUUUAGUUCUAAGGUUCUCUAGAGGAGACAUGUAUGAAUUUCCCUCUAGGGAUCUAAAUCUGCCUUCUAUGUAAACCCUCUCCCAAAGUCUCUCCUAGUUUCCUUCAUCUGUUUAUCUCUGUUCUCCAUCUUAAAAUUCAUGUCCAAGUUCAUCCCUAAUUCAUGAGCUAAAAAGAGUUGGAGGGUAAAGCAAAUUUUGACUUUGUUAAGGAGUCAUUGUCAGUGCCAGAAAAAAUUGACCUGUUAAUCUUUUAAACACAAUUAAGCUUAAUAACUGGCUAAGGAGAUUCAAGAAGGAUUUAAGGAAUCCUUACUUGGCUACUCCUAGUAAUAGCUAAAGUCUCAAAGUCUCUGGUGCAUAAUAAUACGUAAAAGUACAAGUUUCAAACCUUGCCUGGAAAAUUCAAAUAUUUUGAAUAAUAUUCCCAUUCAUUCCCAAAUCAGAUUUAAAUAGGCUGUGAAGGGAUUAAUUCAUGUUAUUUUUCAGGCCUAGGCUAAGCCCUUGAUUAAUAUUCUAGACAUUUUUAAGCAGAGCACCCUCUGGUGAACUUACAUGAAUGUUGCAGCUUCUUUGGAAAUCCUAAACUAUCCAAAGGAUGGACUAUAGAAGAGUAGCUCAAGUAGAGCAUCAUCUGGUGGGCAGAUCAGGUAUCUCACCCCUUCCUAGUUAAACAGUAAUAAUUAUCCCUCUAUAAGCUUAAGACAUCACUUACAAUACAUCCAAAGGGUUCCACACGACGACUAAUAUUGCAAAAAGAAAUAAUCAGUCCAUAAGAUUUUACUGAGCUCCUACUAUGUCCCUCCUUUAUGUCGGUCGGUUGGUUGGUUAGUUGUUUGGGUAUUGUCUUUCAUUCUCUAAGAAGACCAAAUAUUAUCACUAUGUUAAGAGUCCAGUUACAGUGUCUGACUGACUGACCAGACCAAUUUAAUCCUCUUCCAUAGAUCAGACACAAAUAGUCCUUAUGAACAUUGGGUUCUCUAACCUGCCCAUCUCAUGCUUCUUUUUAGCUAAUUCAGUUCUGUUUUGCUCAUACAGCCCAAGGCCUUCCCUGAUGAGGGCACGCAUGCUGGGUGGUUCUGUGCCAGCGUCUCCCGUGUCAUACAAUCAAUUUUAAAGUUCUUGAGAGAGACCUUGAGAGUGUCCUUGCAUCGCUUUUUCUGACCACCUUGUGAGCGCUUCCCUGUAUGAGUUCUCCCUAAAAUUGUCUUUUUGGCAAGUGCACAUUUGGCAGUCAAUGUGGCCCGAUCAACGGAGCUGUGCUCUCUGCAGUAGAAGUGGGAUGUUUGGUAGUUUAGUUCGAGAAAGGACCUUGGUAUCUGGUAUCUUAUUCUGCCAGGUGACCUUCAGCUUCCUAAGAUAAUUAAAAUGGCGCUGGCGUACCGUCCAGGUUGCCCAGGUGUACAACAUGAGCUCUGCACAAUGGCUCUGUAGACCUUCAGUUUGGUAAUCAGUCUAAUCCCUCUCCUCUCCCACACUUUCCUUCAGAGCCUCCCAAACACUGAGCUAGCUCUGGCAAUUCACGUGUUAAUCUCAUUAUCAAUGUCGACCUCCCUGGAAAGUAUACUGCCAAGGUAAGUGAACGUAUCCACAGCAUUCAAAACUGAUGGUCCCACAUAUGGAUGAUGUGGUGCUGGAUGAUGGAGGUGUUGUUAGGUAGGAAGGGCUGAGAUACCUGAUCUGCCUACCAGAUGAUGCUCUACUUGAGGGUCUAAUUCAGGUUUUUCAGUUCCUCUUCUGUAGUCCAUGCAUUGGAGAGCAUUCAUGCCUCAGUUUCCUCAUCUAUAAAAUGGGGAUCAUAAUAGCACCCUCCCAGGGUUAUUGCAAGGAUGAAAUAAAAUAAUAAUUGUAAAGAACUUAGCACAGCACCUGGAACCUGGCACAAAUAAACAUUAGCUAGUAUUAUUAGAUCAUCAGGUAGAUGAUGAAGUGAAAAAUGGCAAAUAGGCUAGUGUGCCUAGACUUAAGUUAUGUGCCUCCUAUUAUGUACUACAUGGAUAUUGUACUAAGUGCUGAGAAUAGAAAGAAAAGCAAAAGACAGAAUCUACCCUUAAGGAGCUCACAACCUAAUGGGGGAAGACAACAUGCAAACAAUUACAUACAGGAUAAACUGGAAAUCAUCGAGAAAAGAAAGACAUUGGAAUGAGGGAUAUUGGAAAAUGUUUCCUGUAAAAGGUGAAAAUUUUGCUGGGACUUGAAAGAAGCUAAGAAAGUCAGGCAGAGAUGAGGAGGAAGGACAUUCCAAUCAUGGAAGACAGCCAAUGAAAAUGUCUGGAAUUGAUAAAGUCUCUGGUUCCAGGAAUAGCAAGGAAGCCAAGGAGGUAGAAGUUUAAGAUAUGAGAAGACUGAAAAGGUAGGGAGAGCUAAAUUAUGAAGGAUUGUGAAUAUCAAAUAGAGGAUCUUAUAUUUAAUCCUGAAAGUAAUAGGGAGCUACUAAAUAGAGUUUAUUGAAAAUGACAUCUGGAUUGAGAAUCUUAGGAGACUGGCAGGAUGGUAGUGCCCUUGAUGUAAUAAGGAAGUUUAGAAAAGAGGAACAUUUUGGAGGCGAAAAAUUAUGAAUUUAGUUCUGGACAUGUUGAAUUUAAGAUGGAUUUUUAAGACACCCAUUUUAAGAUACCUAAUAGGCAAUUGGAGACUCUGAACUGGAGGUCAGCAGAGAGGUCAGGGCUGGCUAAGUAGAUUUGAGAAUCAUCAGCAGAGAGAUGGUAAUUGAAUUUAUAGAAGCUGAUGAGAUCGCCAAAUGAAAUAGUAUAGAGGGAAAAGAGAAUAAGGUUCAAGACAGCCCUGUAUGAUAGCUAGGGUCAGUUGACAGUGAAGAGAUAUUUGGAGGAGCAAUGUAAUUAGGGGAUAAGAUAUUGGGUUACACUUAGGAUAUUCAUUUCAUAAGUUCAUUUAGAGUACUAAGUAUACAAGGGCUAUGCCAGAUGCUACAGAUACAAAGACAAAACAAAAAAGUCCUCUGGGACAAAACAAUCACUGCCUUUAAAUUCUAGGGGGUGCAUUUAAGUGAAAAGAUGCCAUAUAAUAUUAUCAGCCUAACUCUAAGCAUUUAUUAAGCACUUACUGUGUGCUAGGCAUUGUGCUAAGCACUGGGAGUUCAAAGAAGAAGCCCUCCGGAAGUUUAUUCUAAUACAAGGAGACAACACAAUUACAGUUGAUGAAAGACACUUUAUAGGGGAAGGCAUUAGCAGCAGAGGGAGAUGAGGGGAGGGAAUCAAGACAGGUUCCUCCAAGACAGGUCAGAGAUUGAUUUUUGAGUUGAGUCCUGAAGAAAACCAGGAAUUUUAAGAGGCAAAGAGGAGGAAGAAAAUUCAAGACACAGGGGACAGCAAGUGGAAAGGAAGCUAGAUGGUGCCAUAAUGUACAGAAUACUCGGCCUGGGACCAAAGAAGACCUGAGUUCAAAUACAGCCUCAGACACUUACUAGCUGUGUGACCCUGGGUAAGUAACUGAACUUGUUUCCUCAGUUUCCUCAUCUGUAAAGUGGGUCAUAAUAGCACCAAUCUUUCAAGGUUAUUGUAAGGAUCAAAUAAGAUAAUAAUUGUAAAGAGUUUAGCACAGCACCUGGCAUGUAACAAGUACCCCAUAAAUAUUAGCUAUUAUAUUGGAUCAUCAGAUAGAUGGUAAAAAGUAUAAAAUGACAAAUUGGUCAGUAUGGGUAGACUUCAGCGUCAAUGCUAGGAAGUGGAGGAAGAAAACUGGAAAGGUUUUUUUUUUAAAGUUUAAAAAUAUCUCUUAAAAUAUCAAAAAAUUAGGAAUUGUCUAGAUUGAGAAGGGCUUUAAAUAAUAGAGGGAGUUUUACACUUAAUCCUAAUAGAAAUGGGGGGAGUCUUUGGAGUUUAUUGAGUGUAGUACCAAUUUGACACAGUUGGACCAAUAUAUUUUAUAAUUAGUGAGAUCAGAAAAGACUUCCUGUAGGAGGAAGCAAUGUUCAACAUGAACCUUGAAGAAAGCUAAUGCUUCUAAGGACUAAUGUCAUGGGAGGGAGUAUUGAUCACAGGUGUACUUUCAUCCUGAAUAUGGAGUGAACAUAUUUAUUCAAGAACUUUAAAGAAUGUUAACUAAAGAUAUUAAUGUCUUUUUGUAAGUUUUGAUAACUAGGUAUUAGUCACGGCAGCCUGACAUGCAUUUAGCUAACUCUUUGCCAAAUAUAAAAUAACCCAAUAGACUUGCCAGGAGUUGUUUAUAACAAUGGGAAUUUCCUACCAAAAUAACUGCCUUCAAGCUCCCAUAUGCCUAUUCUAGCAAAAUCCUGCAAAUUUGUACCACACUGAUUGAUGACUAAAAAAUAAAGAAACUAUAAUAAAUCAAUUUUGUAAUCCCAGAACUUCACAAAAAGUCAGCUAUAACUAGAAUAGACCAAAGAGAAUGCCAUUUUGUGAGAUAACAAGAAAAGUUAGAACAAAAUCAAAAGAAAAGGAGGAGAAGGAAAAAAAGAAAGAGGAGGAGGAGGAAAAGAAAGAGGAGGAGGAGAAAGAAGAAGAAGAAGAGGAGGAGGAGGAGAGGGAAGAGAAGGAGAAGAAGAGGAGGAGGAAGAGGAAGAGAAAGAAAAGAGACAGAAAAAAAAAAAAAGAAUAACCACCAGCAAGAAGAAAGAUAUAUGUUAAAAAAAAAAAAAAACCUAGAAAAUAGGUAAAAAAGAGAAAAUUUAAGAAUCAUCAAACUCCCUGAAAAUCAUGAUAAAAACAAAAUGCCUGAGUACUCUAUUUCAAGAAAUCAUAAUUUUAAAUGCCCAAAUCUAUUAGAACAAGAGGACAAAGUAAAAAUAAAAAAAUAAUCCCCCAAUCACCUUCUCUGGGGAACUGCCAAAAAAAAAAAAAAGACAA